CCUUCAAGACGUGGGACCUGGGAGCGGCGGUCGUCCGGCCCAAUCCCUGGAAAGGAAGGCGUGGUCGGUCCGACCCUGCGGAUCCCUCCGCCCGCGUUUGCCAGGCUGUAACCGCGGGAGCCGCCAUUUUGAAUGCUGAUCCUUGCUUUUCGGGUCUGUGUCUUAUUUUUUCCCGGCUGGAUUCGGUCAGGAGGAACGGAACAGCAUGCUGGGCUCUGGAUUUAAAGCUGAGCGUUUACGAGUCAAUUUGAGAUUAGUCAUAAAUCGUCUUAAACUUCUGGAGAAAAAAAAAACGGAACUGGCCCAGAAAGCAAGGAAGGAGAUUGCUGACUAUCUGGCUGCUGGGAAGGAUGAGCGCGCUCGCAUCCGAGUGGAGCAUAUUAUCCGGGAAGACUACCUUGUGGAGGCUAUGGAGAUCCUGGAGUUAUACUGUGACCUGUUGCUGGCUCGGUUUGGCCUCAUCCAGUCUAUGAAGGAGCUAGAUUCUGGUCUGGCUGAAUCUGUAUCUACACUUAUCUGGGCUGCUCCUCGACUCCAGUCAGAAGUAGCUGAGUUGAAAAUAGUUGCUGAUCAGCUUUGUGCCAAGUAUAGCAAGGAAUAUGGCAAGUUAUGUAGGACCAACCAGAUUGGAACUGUGAAUGACAGGUUAAUGCACAAACUGAGUGUGGAGGCUCCACCCAAAAUCCUAGUGGAGAGAUAUUUGAUUGAAAUUGCCAAGAAUUACAAUGUGCCCUAUGAACCUGACUCUGUGGUCAUGGCGGAAGCCCCUCCUGGGGUAGAGGCAGAUCUUAUUGAUGUUGGAUUCACUGAUGAUGUGAAGAAAGGCGGUCCUGGAAGAGGAGGAGGAGGUGGUGGAUUCACAGCACCAGUUGGUGGACCUGAUGGAACGGUGCCAAUGCCCAUGCCCAUGCCCAUGCCAUCUCCAAAUACUCCUUUCUCAUAUCCACUCCCAAAGGGACCAUCGGAUUACAAUGGAUUGCCAGUGGGGACUUAUCAGGCCUUUCCCAAUAUUCAUCCACCUCAGAUACCAGCAACUCCCCCAUCGUAUGAAUCUGUUGAUGACAUUAAUGCUGAUAAGAAUGUCUCUUCUGCACAGAUUGUUGGUCCUGGACCCAAGCCAGAAGCCUCUGCAAAGCCCCCUUCCAGACCUGUAGAUAACUAUGAUAACUUUGUACUGCCAGAGUUGCCAUCUGUGCCAGACACACUACCAAGUGCAUCUGCUGGUGCCACCACCUCGGCAUCUGAAGACAUUGACUUUGAUGAUCUCUCCCGGAGAUUUGAAGAGCUGAAAAAGAAAACAUAGGCCUUUUAAACCAGGCAGCAUCCUAGUUCUGGGACUGAGCAGCUUCUCCUUGUAACAAAAGAAUCUCCUUGAAAUUCCAUUUCAUCUGUUAACCGUCACUGAAUGCAUUUUUCUAUGGGCUCUCCUCCUGCUCUGCCAAAUUCUUCUGAUUUCUAGUUCUCUAUUGCUCCUAAGAGACUAAUGACUGGAGGCUCUAUGAGGCCAAAGCAGCUGGCAGCUGUACUUGUCCAUUUCUUGUCAGUGUGGUCCCACGUUUUCUCCUGGCCUGCCCUCCAUCCCUCCACUGGAGAGUGAGAAAGUGAAAGCAUUGUGGGGAGUACUGCCAUUGAUGGGUAGACCGUGGAGACUAGCACUUCGUAAGUGUCUCAGCCUGUGCUGAGUUUCCAGACUUAGAAACAAGUCUGGGGGAUUUGUGGUCAGUGAGACUCAAGGCUGAGGUACGUGUUUUCUUGCUCUCUAACAUGAAUGGGAGAGAGAAAAUGACUGAGGAAGCCAUUUUAACGUUCCUGGAAACGGGGCCCUCUCAUUGGCAUGUACAGGACACUCCUUGCUGCAGGGCACUGUUCUACCUGGAUCCAGUUAACAAAGUUUAUUUGGAAAGUUGAUGGCCUCUCUUAGUUCUACUGGAUUCUCAGGGAGCCCUCUGUGGCCUUUUGCUUUAUUUUGAGUGUUCUGUUUCCUCUUUUUCCUGUUUUUCCUAUAACACAUUCUGUUGGAUUGCAUUACUGGCAGAGGAAUGAUAGGCCAUAUAUUGGACAGAAACUGCCAUUCAAGGCUAGCGUGGGCUUCCAGCUGUCUUAACAGAAGAACUCAAAUCUCUCUUGGGUAGUGAGCUGGAAAUCCUACAGGAGAAGAAGGGCUCCUGUUUUCAUUUGAAAACUAUGAAUUUAAGUGGAACCUUUAAAAACUGAUCACAGAUAUUUUUGGUGCCCACGUGGCUAUAGUUGUUCACUGCUUUCCAGGAUGGAUGAAAUUCUUAUGGUUGUGAUUUAUGUGCUCCUUUGCCGCCUAGCUAAAGCCAUCCUUUCCUACAGGGAUGACUUUGGGGAUUGGAAGAUGACUUUUUCUUCUGUGUAGUGGAUCUGUAUAUACCUGUUUCAAGCAAUUUAAUGUUUUUGAUUGGUUUGUAUCUCAUAGCUCAGUAGCUGCUAAUAAAGUUAAAGAUUCUGUGCCCUGCUUUCCCUGUGUUUGGUCAAGUGAUAAAGCACAAAUUUGGAUACUAGAGGAGCUUUUUAAGCAAGUAAUUUGUGCUGAUGCAGUAGCCAGAUCUCAGCUUCUGCUCCCUCAGUGUGGAUGCCUUGGACAGUACCCACUUUGAUCUCUGGAUUUAAGCCUAGAUAGCAUCUGUGAGUUUGGUAGUUUGGUUUGUUACUGCUCUGGGAGAGGGUUCCCAUCUGCCAAACUUCAUGCUUUGUAUCUUUAUUUUUGAUAAGCUGCAGUGAGCUCCCUUCUGACUUACUCAUUUCCCACGGCCAUUCUGGAACUUGGGUGGUGAGUGUUCUGUUAUUUGCUGCUUGGGAGCAGCGCUGUUUUAUCCUAUAUGAGUCUCACAGUGUUAGCCCUGUCACGACAGUGCCAAGACCCAUAAACACAGGAACUUGGAGCCAACGUGACUUUGAUUCCUCACUGACUUACACAGUUAAGAACAAAGUAUAUGACAUAUGUUUGUAAUUUUUUAAGCAAUGCCAUGCAAAGAUAAGUAAUAAUCAGUAUACUAUGAAGUAAUAAGCCAAAGGAGGUAACAGGAUUAAAAUAGUUCAUCUUCUAAAAUGUCAGUGCAGUGCCCACUGAGGUCAUAGCUGCCUGCAAAGAUGAGGUUGUGCUUUGUUGCUGCUGGAUUCCUAACAAACUUGAGAGCUUCUGUAGCAGCAUAUCUAUUAGUGCAUCUUCUUUCUGGGUCUAUUUGAACACAGAAGGAGAAAAGUGAGAAAACUGAAAUUGUUGCUAAUGUUGGAGGGAAAAUAGUGCUAAAGACUCAGAACUUUCCAUUAAUGCUUUACUGUCAGGAGUUGGAGUGUUUCCGCUACUUAAUGGUUGAGAGCCAGCUAUCUUUAUAGGCUAGUGGAUAUAGAAUGUAAUACAUUCUUGGUAAAUUGGGUUUCCUAGCAGAAUGGUUAGAGAUUUUGAGACUAAUAAAGGAAAUAUGAUAAUAUUUUGCAUUAUGUCACUCAAGCUAAGCAUCCACAAUUGAGUUUUUCCAAUGAUAUAACAUGUUGAUACAAGUUAUAUUUAAAUUACCAACCAGAGUUACCUACCGUAUGGGACUUUCUUUACCAAAGGCCAUUGGCCAUUAGAAUGGCAGGAACAAAAAGGUUAAUGAUCACAGGUACCGUCAGGAUGACACUAGUGAGGAUCAAAAAGGAGCCCAAGACUCUUUUAUCUAAAACAAUAACCUGGAAAGACAACAGAAACACAUUUUGAGUGAUACAUUGAAGGACUGAUAGUUUAAUUUCCACUUUAAAAACAAUCUAUGUGCUAAUGUUUGGGAUAUAUUCAUGAAAAAAAUUUAUGUUUGGUGGAAACUAGGGAGAGAAGCAAAAAGAUGUUAAAAAGGAAAAUACUUUUAACUAGACAGAACAAAAUGACUGAUAUACAAGGAUGUUAAAAUAGUGACUUCAGGGCCUUCACAAGAAGUAAACAGGUGAGUUGCAAUGAAAUUAUAAAUUAUUCAAAUCCCAUUCACGUUUUGGCAAUUUUGGAAAAUGUGUCUAAACAUGGAAGCUUCAAGGCGUAGCAGAAGCAUGUUGAAAGAAUAAAUGUGUACCAGAAAUAAUGAAAAUUGUCUCUGCCAUGCCAGGAAACUCUAAACACAAGAGCAUUCCAAUAAAAUUUAACAGCCACAGAAAACUGGAA